AUGUACCAGGAACCGCAGUUCGCGUGUGAGCUCCUGGUCAUGAUGUUCCUCACGGCCAUCGCUUUCAUCCGCCCCGAUUCUCCCAUCGUUGCCGCCCUCACAACGAUCGUCAUCCCCGUCGCCAUGGUCGCCCGCUCCGACGAUGUCAGGUUCGUUGCAUCCUGGGUCCUGUUUCUCGCCCACUGGUGCUACAUCGUCGGAUGUUUCUUCUUCGCCGCUCUCAUUUUCCUUCUCUUCGGCAUCGUCGCUGUUCUUGUCCCUCUCCUGGUCUGGCAGGAGGUCAAGAGCCUGCAGUUCAAAGCCAAAGCCCGUUUCGCCGCGUAUGUCCUCCGCCGGAAUGCUAACCCAGGACGACGGAGGCACGCGAGGCGUCAACUGCAGGCACCGCGCGACGCCAUCGAGAAGGAGCUUCGGCUCAUCAAGCUCCUGGAUUCCAGCUGCGCCAACCUUUGGGAGGCCGUCGAGGCCGAGAAGCCUCGCGUGCUGAAGGCCUUUGACUUCGCGCCUCCCGAGGCUGAUUGGUACCCAGCUGCGGAACUCCUCCGAACUUGCCUUCCGUGCGGUCCUCGCAUUCCGAUUGCUCCUCGCACCCUGGAGGAGCACGACCGCACGAAGAAUUAUGAGUCCGACGAGCGCCUGCCUGAUGCCUUGACGUGCUUCAACCACCAGAUCGACAUCGAGGUCUGCCGCCUCGAGCUGGAGGUUGAAGACCUCAACGGCAUCUACGAGCACAACGACAGGAUCAAGGAGGCCCUCUGGUCUGAAAAGGAGAAGUCUCUCAAGACGUUCAAGUGGUUCGUGAAAUUCCUUGGCGAGAGGGGAAUGAUUUUCACGAACACUCCUCGGAAAGACUAUGAUGGGUCCGACUUGCUCCCGUCGUCGUUGGUCUUCGAGCCUCUCAACUUCCAGAAGAAGCAGCCCCAGGGGCCGCUGACGCUGAAGAGGCCGAAGGUCCAGUGGUCUGAACUUCCCCAGCCGAAGUUCACAGAGUUGGUGGGGUCCUUGUUUCCGAACGAGAGCCCUGCCCAACCACUGGCUCAAGAGGCACCUGCGACACCGAGCCAAGAGGAACGCGGCCCCGACACAGCCCAUACCUCUGGCUCGGAGCAGGGUACCAAGGAGAGUGACCCCUGCGGCUUCCCCUUUGGUCCUUGCCACCAUAUCCCAGAGCACUUGAAGUUGGAUCUCACUCCCGUUCACGAGUCUGAGGAAAGCGGCCCUGACACAGCCCAUACCUCGACCGACCAGAACGCGGAGGCUCUCACGCCUGACCAUGAGGAAAGCGGCCCCGACACAGCCCAUACCUCUGGUCCUCUCUCCAACGGUGAGGAUCCCAUCCUCUCCGACGAUGGUGACGAUGACUGGGUCACCACCGACGAUGAGGAUGAGGAGCCCAUCCUCUCCGACGAUGGUGAUGAAGAUUGGGUCACCACCGACAGCGACGACGACGACGACGACGACGAUGACGAUGACGAAGACGACAACGACGCGGAUGCUGGCAUCCCGUCGGGACCCGCUUCGUCUCCUCUCCCUCCCUUGCCGCCCUCGUCGCCUUUCCCUCCGACCCCGGUCCCAGCUGUGUUUACUGCUCCGACCGUGGCCGCGAGUCCUUCGCCGAGUGCCGAGCCUGCCCUCCCUCCGUCGCCUCGCCUUAUCCCUCUUCCUCCGUCGCCCCCUCUGCCCCCUCUGCCUGCUCUGCCUGCUCUGCCGCCAUCACCUCGUCUUGGGCCUCUCGCUCCGUCCGCCCCAUCUUCGACCGGUCCAGUUUCGCAGGCCGCGGCCGCGGAUGCCCCUGAGCCUGUCGCCCCCGCUCAGAGCACGAGCUUCAAUCCUUUCUUGUCGGCGACGCCGUCGCUUCCUGUGUGGUUUCCAGCUCCCACCGCACCUCCCGCCGCCCCAGUGUCAGCGCCGACAUUUAACCCUUUCGUUCCGGUCAGCUCGUCUUUUCCGCCGGUUCCGUCGUCUCUGUUCCCUCCGACCCCUCUUCAGCUUGUUCCGUCGUCUUCUAUUCCUCCGAAUCCUCAAGUGGCUGCCCCUGUCGUCAUCAGCGAACAGCAGAUGGACACAGACUCCGAUGAGGAGGAGGGCAUAGAAUUCGAGGACGUGCCGAUAGGGCAAGGAAAUGGUACUUCAGAAGACGAGGGUUUCCAGAUGGAUCAGGACACGCAGGUCGAUGACGAAGGGAACAUGGACAUCGAUUCCCGGCCCGCUAAGGACGAGGAUACCAUGUCUGAUGGCGACGAAGAGGCAAUGCUCGUUAAUAGCGAGAACUCUGCGCCAUCGGCAACGGACGAUGUCCAUGAGCAAGGCCAAGCUCACGACGGCAACAACGACCAGGGGGACAAUGAUCCCGUGGACAGCAGUGCCGCCGCAGAUUCGGAUUCCGAUGUCUCCGAGGCGGACAUCGCUGAGAUGAACGCUGCGAGCUUCGGAGACGACUGGGUUCCGGGACAGUCAACUUCGGCACCUGGACCGACCAACAACGCUGCGCAGGGCACAGAGGACGAUAGUAUGGGCGAGGUCGGUGCGCCCACUCCUCCUGUUGCGCCGGGCUCCAGUUCAGCUCAGCCGACGCCGCAGCGGUCUCCGUUCGCAGCGAGCAGUUCAAGUUCCCAGUCUGCUCAGCCUGCCCAGCGUGCCCAGCCAUCGUACCUUGCGGCACCCCAAGCCUCGUCGCUUGGGUUUACCGCUUCGGGUACUCCACCUCCCCCGGCCUCGUCUGCUGUGUCUCAGACGUCGCCGGUUAUGUACUUUGGUCCGGUCCGGGCUCAGCCAUCGUCUUUCGUCGCGGCACCCCAGCCUCCUGUGUCAUAUGGGUUUACCGCGUCGACCUCGGCUGCUCGCUUUUCUCCCUUUGCGGCACCCCAAGCGCCAGCGUUUGGGUUUACCGCCACCGCCCCGUCUGUCCGGCCGUCCCCGUUUGCGGCACCCCAAUCCUCGUCGUUUGGGUUUACCGCGACGGCACCAGUCACCCGGCCAUCUCCUUUCGCGGCACCCCAGGCGUCAUCGCCUGGAUUUACCGCGUCGACCUCGCCUCCUCGUCCGUCUGCCUCUGCGGCACCCCAGUCUGGGUUUACCGCUACGGCCCCGACUACUCGGCCGUCUUCGUCGGCGGCACCGCGAGCCUCGUCGUCCUCUGCCUCUGCCAAUGCAGUGGCAACUUCUUCCACGGCGCCCAGUGCGGCGACUGCGGGCCCGUCCACGUCGAGCUCGUUUACCUUUGCGGGCUCCUUCUCCACCGCGGCCAACACAUUUGACUCCGCUUCGAUCUUUGGGUCGGCCAUGUCGCAAGUCGCGGCGAGGUUCGACUGGGCGCCGCGUCCUCGGCCUGGAUCCGGUAACAAUCCGUUCGUCCAGGCGCCGGCGUUUGGCACGGCACUCGCGCCGCUGGCGGUCCUGAUGGAGCCGAUGCGUUCGGCUGUGCGGGUGGCUGUCGAGUCAUGGCGCCAGCAGGGGGCGACCAUGGUGGCCGACGAGCUCGAGGCCAACUGGGAGACGAUGUUCCGAAAGGUCGCCCAGAGCAAGGCCAACGGCAACGCAGACAAGAAGCUGGCUACGACCAUGGAGGAGGCAAAGGCAGUCGUACGGCACUUUGUCUACCGCGUCGGGCAGAUGCGCUCCCUCCAGAAGGCGCCUGAGCAGGUCGUCGAGGAAUUCCGCGACAACCUGUGGAGCGCGAUCAUCGCCCAGGACUUCCUCCCCGACCCCGACGACGAGGAGGAGGAGGAGGAGGCGAAGUUCGCUCCGAUGCCGGAGGAGGCCAACGACGAGGACUCGGAGUCGGAAGUCUCCGAGGAGGAGUAG